GUAUGUGCAGAAACUUUGUAGUGUGCAAUUUUUCGCAGUUGUGACAAAAUUAAUUUAGUCAAACUGAUUAAAACAAACAAAUACAAACGCUGGCAAACCGUGCGUUUUCAGUUCAAUUUGUGAUAACGAAUGUGAGGUGUUAUCGGGAUGGUAAACUUGUGGGUGAUGCUGAAUUUUUCCUGAAGUAUUGACCAUAGAGCGCUCGGCUUUACGCGUCAGUCUUCUAAGCGUUUCUGCCAAGCGAAGUUCAUUUAGUCAUUUAGCUUCAACCAAUUAAACUCAAUUUAUGGUGAUACAUGUGCGUUCGUGAAUUGCAAUACCUACACUACAUAAAUUUCUGUGCCUGCAAUAAUUGCCGAUUACACUUACAAAAGAAUUAUUACACGGGCGGUGCGUUAGAGUCGUACAGGUCUCGUUACCUUACCAAACCUGGGGAUAAUUAUGGCAGCUGCAUGCUGGCUAUAUCCGCCAACAUCAAGCGUCCAAAUGGACUCAUCGAGGAGUUGUCCUUAAUUGCAAAGCUACCGCCAGUAACCAACGAUUUAUAUUGGCAAAUAUUCCAGCCCGAACGAACUUGCGUCACUGAGAAUAAAGUGUAUCAAACUGUUGUGCCAGAAAUACAUCGGCUACAAAUCGAAGCUGGUAUGCCUGAAGAUAAGCUGUACGAUGGUGUGCCUCGUUACUAUGGCAGUCGGAUAUCGUUAGAUGCCAAUGCUACCAAAGUAGAUCGCGAUGCAGUUCUAGUACAAGAGAAUCUCCAGACGUCCGGUUACAAAGCUGGGAAUCGGCAGAAAAUGUUCGAUUUUGCACAUGCGAAACUUGUCAUGGAAUGUAUGGCCCAGUACCAUGCGUUGCCAAUUGCUUUGCGUCUUAAGAAACCCGACAUUUUCGCCAAACAUAUACGUCCGUACUUCAAUCGCUUCAAUAUGAACAUUUCAUUAGGAGAUGAGAUGAGGGACGAAAUGCGUAGGGAAGUAUCCGAGGACCUACAGUUGGCCACCAAUAACAAUGAGGCAGCAAUUGAGGAGAUUAUGAAACUAUUUAAGUUGUAUGAUGAUUGGCUGGAGCAACCAGAAUCAGUUGAUGGACCAUAUACCAGCCUGGUGCACUGCGACCUGUGGAUCAAUAACAUCAUGUUUCGAUAUGAUGACAAAGGCCAACCGAUAAAGUUAAAAAUUGUAGAUUUCCAAAUAGCCCAGUAUGAGUCAGUUGCGCAUGACAUUAUAUUUUUCCUAUUCUCAAGCGUCGAAUCUGCAACGCUGGAGGACGAUUUCGAAAACCUUUUGAAAAUCUAUUAUGAUGCCUUUAUACAAAACUUAGAAACAGUGCAGGUUUCUACUAAAACCUAUACUUUCGAGAGCUUUCUAAGUGAAGUACGACGCGUGGGACCAAUUGAAAUUCCACACCCGAUUUUCAUGACAAAAAUAAUUUUGGCCGAUAACAGCACCCUUCCAGAUGAUUUCAAGGACGUAGACAUAUCAUUUUUAAGUAAGAAUCGUGGACUGAAGGCGGUUACCGAUCGAAUGGAAGAUAUUGUGCGUGUGGCGAAAAAGUUUAAAAUAUAUUAAUUUAGCUUUUGGAUUUUGGUUAAAAUAUGAAACUGCACUGCAGUACCUGAGAAAUUAAAUGGGUUUGGGGGUUCUUUUUGGGAAGUAGAAGAAGACUUUUAGAUACUGAUUUGUUGAUAGAGAAAUUUAUAAUGAAUUGCAAAAAUUAAACAGCUAAUUAUUUGGCAAAGGGCACUAAUUAUUUGAUAGUUAUGCCUUAUUUUAUUCAUUUAUUUAUUUAUUUAGUUUAACACAACAACCACGGGUUAUAUUUCAGCGUUAGAUCCCAAUGCUAUUACAAGUGAGCAUAAGAAAUUAAAAAGUUAUACUAUUUGAAUUUAACUUCUAAACCUUAUUAAAUUACAAUUAAAUUACAUUAUUGACGAAGGGUAAGAGUAAGAUUUGAGGAAAAAAACAAGAGUAAUACAAGAAUUUAACGAAGUAGAGUAGAGACAAAGGAUUAGAGUAUAAAGUUUGCUACGUUUAUAUGAAUAUAAGCAAGCAUCUUUGGGAAAUAGCUAUUUCAAAAUAUAAAACAAGUUCCCGGAUCUUUGAAGUUGAGAAAAUGUACGAGGUGUGCUCAAAAAGUAUCGCGAAUUUUGAAUUUUCGCAUGUUACGUAUAUUCGAAUUUCAAUUUUUUUGUGGCGAUAUGUUGGUACUCAUGUCUCUAACUUAUGCCGACGAGUUCGGCCAUUUUGAAUGUUCAGUUAAUUAUUGACAGCUGCUUUGCUUGCACAUGUUUCGGCUCGUCUUCGAUUUUUACCUAUUCAAAAAGAUGGAUUCAAGAAACUGUAUCAAAUUUUGUGUGAAUAACGAAAUUAAGUGCGCGGAUGCAUUCCGAAUGUUGACUGUGUCAUACGGAGAAGCUACUUUGGACCAAAGCAAUGUUUAUCGGUGGUACAAAAUGUUCUCAGAAGGUCGAGAAGAUGUGGACGACGAAAAGCGUACCGGACGCCUGAGCACCUUAACAACGGACGAAAAAAUUGAUGAAGUGAAGAAAAUGGUGUUGGCCAAUCGUCGAAUCACCGUUAGAGAAGCUGCUGAGGAUCUAGACAUAUCGAUUGGCUCGUGCCAUUUGAUUUUUUUCAAUGAUUUGGGCAUGAGACGGGCCGCCACAAAAUUCGUACCAAAACGUCUCAAUUUCAACCAAAUGUAGCAUCGUAUGAUCAUUGCUAAUGAGAUGUUGGACUCUGUCCGCGACGAAUCGUGGGUUCAUGGUUAUGACGUGGAAACCAAAGCUCAAUCAUCUCAAUGGAAGCUGCCGCACGAACCAAUCACGAAAAAAUCGCGCCAAGUUCACUCGAAUGUAAAAGUUUUGCUUACCGUUUUCGUCGAUUGCAGGGGCGUCUCAUGUUCAUCAUGAGUUCUUGCCACAGGGUAAAACGGUCAAUAAGGAUUAUUACCUGCAAGUUAUGCGCAUCCAAAAACGCCCGGAUUUGUGGAAGAACAAAAAUUGGCUCUUCCAUCACGAUAAGGCCCCUGCUCACACAUCCUUGCUUGUGCGCGACUUUUUGGCCGAAAACAACACACUAAUGAUGCCACAGCCACCGUAUUCCCCAGAUCUGGCCCCCUGUGACUUUUCUUGUUCCCGAAACUGAAGAGGCCCAUGAAAGGACAACGCUACGCUACGAUUGACGAGAUAAAGACUUCGAUGCCGGAGGAGCUGAAAAAGAUAGAAAAAAAUGAUUUUUUGAAGUGCUUCGAAGAUUGCAAAAAAUGUUGGCAAAAGUGCAUAAUAUCUCAUGGGGAUUACUGGGACAAAAUAGAUAUUAAUGAAUAAAUAAAUAAUUUUUGAAAAAACACAAAAUUCGCGAUACUUUUUGAACACACCUCGUAUACCCCCAAACUUGGUGAAGAGGUUAGCUUACGGCAAUUGUGCUUGGAAGCAAAAAAAAAAUUUUGUUUCGGGCUUUCAUUUUUCUUGCACGUUUAAGAUUUUUUGGAAUUUUAUUUUGAGAUUUUUGAUCAAAAUGGUUUGAAACAUUGUGUCCGCGUUCGGAUAUUAGUGUCCGGUUAUUGGGAUGAUAUUUGUAUGGAAAAAUUUACCAAUUUUGUCCGGCUAUUGAAGCUGCCUGCUUAUAAGGGCUGCACGCAAUAUGUGCGUGAAGAAAUAGUUUUCUUGUCUAUUAUUUAGGCAUUACUGUUUCGGAUUUUAAAUGUCAUUUGGAAUGUCAUAGUGCAAUGACAUAAAGGGCGCCGGACAGCGAUUACAUUUUUUUGUCAGUUUGCUUCAUUUUUCAAAAAAUAUUUAACCCGCUUAGUGAAUAUAUUUUUUUGCAAAUGGAAGUAAACAAAUAAAAAAGAAUUAAUCUUUUACCGCAUAUGAGUCCAUUUAUUAAAUUUUAUUUUAUUUAUAAGUAUUAUAAAAUAACUCAAACUAUUUUAAUCCAUCAAAUAUAUAUUUAGCAAUAAUAAAACGCAAAAA